AACUGUUAGUAACGACGGGAAGAUAUAAAUCCUCACUCCGGCACACUCUGACAUUAUCUAACCUAGCUAGAUACAUCAACUCUUUUGAAAGCGAUAAACACCGUAGCCACGACAACAUGUCUGGAAGAGGUAAAACUGGAAAGGCUCGCGCUAAGGCUAAGACCCGAAGCUCCCGCGCUGGUCUUCAGUUUCCUGUGGGCCGUGUUCACCGAUUGCUGAGAAAAGGUAACUAUGCCGAACGAGUGGGUGCUGGGGCGCCUGUUUAUCUGGCUGCUGUACUAGAGUACCUCACUGCUGAGAUCCUCGAGCUGGCAGGUAACGCGGCGAGAGAUAACAAGAAGACCCGCAUCAUCCCCCGUCACCUGCAGCUUGCUGUCCGCAACGAUGAGGAAUUGAACAAACUGCUCGGUGGCGUGACCAUCGCCCAAGGAGGCGUUCUACCGAACAUCCAGGCCGUCCUGUUGCCCAAGAAGACCGGCCAGGCUGCUCCAAGCGGUGGCAAGGCGGGAAAGAAGGGAUCUCAGCAGUCUCAAGAAUAUUGAGGUCCCGGGAAACGACUCUGAGUUGCUUCAAAAACCCAAAAGGCCCUUUUAAGGGCCGCCCAAAGGUUCAUUUCUGAAGACAAAUUCCAUAGAUUUUUAGUUGAGCUAACGUGCAAGCUGUGGUUUAUAUGUAUAGUGUGAAAGCGAUUUGCCGCAAUAAAUGCUAGUUUCACUAAACGUGCAAAA